GACAUCGCUAAACUCGCUGUACAAAACGACGCAGCGGCAUACGCAUUGUCCCUUUUCUUCGCGUCCCUUCGAUUUUCCUUAGCCGCGUUGUCGUUUCGACCCACGGAUCACCUUCCACUCCACCGUUUUAUACUUAGUGCUUCGUAUUUUGAUUUCAUCGCACUCUUCGAAUCAGAUCAGGAUCUACUCCGUACGUGAGCUCUUCUGCGCCCUCGAUCGAUCCAGCUCGUUCUCUCCUUCGAGCACUCUCGUUUCGCUCGAUUCUCCUUCGAUCACCUCGUGUUUUGCACUGUUUUUCAGCUUCGACCUCAGAGAGGGAGAUGGUGAAGGACACGGCGUAUUACGACAUCCUCGGCGUGAACGUGGAUGCUUCUGCGGCUGAUAUUAAGAAGGCUUAUUACCUCAAGGCACGGCUGGUUCAUCCAGAUAAGAAUCCUGGAGACCCAAAAGCAGCACAGAAUUUCCAGAUUCUUGGGGAGGCCUAUCAAGUUCUGAGUGAUCCUGAGAAGCGUGAGGCAUAUGACAAGCAUGGAAAGGCAGGAGUUACUCAGGACACCAUGUUGGACCCCUCAGCCGUGUUUGGGAUGGUUUUUGGGAGUGACUUGUUUGAAGAUUAUGUUGGGCAACUUGCAUUGGCUUCUAUAGCAGGGAUUGAAGCUGAAGAGGAUUCUCAGGAUCCUGAAGUCCGUAAGCAGAAAAUUCAGGAAAAAAUGAAGGUGCUGCAAAAUGAAAGGGAAGAAAAACUUAUAAAUAUUUUAAAGGAUCGCCUUCAGCCUUUUGUUGAAGGUCAAACGGAAGAGUUUGUUAAAUGGGCAAAGUCAGAAGCAAGGCGCCUCUCUCAAGCAUCUUUUGGAGAAGCCAUGCUUCAUACUAUUGGGUAUGUCUACACGCGAAAAGCUGCAAGGGAACUUGGAAAGGAUAAACGAUAUAUGAAGGUCCCUUUUCUAGCAGAAUGGGUUCGAGAUACGGGGCACCAGAUAAAAUCACAAGUGAUGGCAGCUUCUGGUGCUGUGUCUUUGAUUCAAAUACAGGAUGAGCUGAAACAUCUGAAUGAAGGAGAAAACAAAGAAAACAAAGAAGAGAUUGUUCUAAAAACUAUUGAAGACAAGAAGGAUGCCAUGCUUAAUUCGCUCUGGCAAAUUAAUGUGGUUGACAUCGAGUCAACUUUAUCGCAUGUUUGCCAAGCAGUUCUUAAAGACCCUAAUGCUUCCAGGGAUGUUCUCAAACUUCGUGCUCAUGCUUUGAAGAAGCUUGGGACAAUCUUUCAAGGUGCUAAGUCUGCUUACAGUAGAGAGAACAGCCUGCGACAUGAGUGUCAUGUCAAAGCAGAUGAAGUUUCAAAAUCAUAAUGUUCUUUUUACCCAGCAUCUUCAUUGUAUGUAUUGAACUUUCUCUCUUGUGGUGGACACUCAUUGUUGUAGCUUGGCAAUUAUUUAUCAUUUUCAUGAAUAAAUGAUGGCGGCUUAUCUCUUGUCUUCUAAGUGCACCAGUCCUUAUGAUUUCUCUAUACUUGUGACUGUUCAAUCAAAUGUAGAGCUGGUGGUAUCUUAAUUUUGUGACUGGAUAUUGGAGAUCCGUAUUGGACAACUGUUGCUCGGAGUUUGCGAUUUCUUAGUUAAGUUGGUUGUCUCAGUCAGUUGUGGGAACUGAGGAAUAAGUGAUUGGUGGUCGGUAGUGGCUUCGAGCUGUGUUUUUUUCCAUCAUCAAUGGGGGUAAGAUAAGUUUUUUCUUAGAUUUUUGUUCCCAGGUUGCUCACAACAAAAGCCAUGCUAGGUCUCUACUUUUUCAAAGCAAUCUGAAGAUUUGGAUGUUUGGUAUGAUAUCUGAGAUGAUUAUGUGAAGAUAUGGUUUAGGGUCGGAAAAAAGAAGGGCACAUUUACAGGGUUUAGACAUGAAGGAAGAAAAGAGCAAAACAGAAAUUUCUUAGUAUCGAAUGCUCUUGCAUCCUGUUAGUAGAUUCUGCAACUUGAAUGCCUUCGAUAUAUUAAGCUGCUGUUCUUGCUAUUGCUUCAUUGUGUUUCUUUACCAACUAUCAAACAGCAUUUUGUAUCUUUAUUCGCACAUUAGAUUAAUCUCUCUCCAGCCCAUGUUAUUGUAAAUUCACUAGAGGUGAGGGAUUGUACUCAGUAGUAUUGCGAUGGUGGACUUAAUAAAUGAGGUGUAAAAA